AUGAUGCCUCCUACAAUCGAAGAUUGCUCGACUCCCACCCACCUACACUUACAUCCUUCAGCCCAUAAUCACGCUACGGAAGCGGCAGAGCCUUCCCAAGCAAUUGUUGCACCAAAGUUUCUGGAGAACCAAGAGAGAAGCGGCAUGAAUGCAAGCGACGGUGACCCUUUCGCAACAAGAACCGAUGAGUGCCAUUUGGUUUGGUGGGACAACGACCAGGAUCCGGAGAACCCGCACAACUGGCCUAGAUGGAAGAAACUAGUCAACUGCGGAUUGAUCAGCUUGCUCACUCUCAUCGAGCCGCUAGCAUCUUCAAUUUUUGCACCAGGCAUUCCAAAGCUCAUGCAGGAUUUCAACAGCACCAACAGAGAAUUGUCUGCCUUUGUUGUGUCCGUCUACGUGCUUGGCUUCGCCUUUGGCCCGAUGGUUCUGGCGCCUCUAUCAGAGAUGUGGGGACGCGUUGCCAUCUACCACAUCACCAACUUCAUCUUCCUGGCAUUCACCGUAGCCUGCGCUGUGGCACCAUCUCUUAGCUCCCUAGUCGUCUUCCGUUUCUUGGCCGGCACUUUCGGCGCCGCUCCCAUGACCAACGGGGGAGGCAGCAUCGCCGACAUGUUCCGUGCCGAAGAACGGGCAGGCGUCAUGGCUGUAUUUUCCGUAGGGCCACUAAUAGGGCCAAUUAUUGGACCCAUUAUCGGAGGUUUCCUUACUGAUGCCAAAGGUUGGCGCUGGGAUUUCUGGCUCGUUGUCAUUUUGGCUGGCGCCAUCUGCGUCGCAAUGCUGUUUACCCUCAGGGAGACCUAUUCUCCGGUGAUUCUUGAGCGAAAAGCAAGGAGGUUGCGACAAGAGACCGGGGACGGGCGCUUUCGCUCAAGACUCGACACCGGUAUCACGACUAAUGGGCUUUUUAGGAAAUGCGUUGUAAGGCCGAUCAAGCUGCUGGUCUUUUCGCCAAUCUGCACGAUCUUGGCUUUUUAUCUGGGCAUCGUGUACGGUUACAUUUACAUUCUCUUCACAUCCGUUCCCUACGUGUUUGAAGACUUCUAUGGGUUCUCAACCGAAAUGGUCGGCUUGGUCUAUCUAGGGCUUGGAGUCGGAGCCUUUGCUGGAAUGACCUGGUUCGCUAUAGACAGCAGUCGGGUAUCCAAAGACCAGCCGAUAAUCAAGCCAGAAACUCGGUUGAGACUGCUACCAGUCGCUGCUGUUGUGUUUCCAAUUGGACUUUUCGUUUACGGAUGGACUGCAGAGCACAGGGUCCAAUUCAUGGCGCCUAUCAUCGGCUUGGCCCUUAUUGGUGUUGGUAAUUUCAUGGCAAUCUGCACCUAUCUGGUCGACGCAUACGAGCUAUAUGCCGCCUCGGCGCUUGCGGCAAACAUCAUUAUCAGGUCUCUCGCAGGUGCUUUUCUUCCCCUCUGUGGAAUGAAAAUGUAUAAUGCGCUGGGCCUGGGCUGGGGAAACGCAAUGCUUGGUUUCAUUGCUGCCGCUUUGAUUCCUGUACCCUUUCUACUCUCGCGGUACGGGGAGAGACUGAGGACAAAGUUUGACGUCAGCCGCCUCUGA